AUGGCUCGUUCCGAGACUUUCUUUAACAGCAAAAAUGACGAGACCAAAUCCGUCGUUAUGGCAGGCUCUUCGGAGGACCCAGAAGAAUAUCAGGGUGCUGAAGUUUACUCCCGUGUCGAGCGCCGCAAAAUAACACGCAAGAUCGAUUUCCGUAUUGUCUUUCCUCUCGGUCUCAUGAUGGCCGCCAGCUUCUUGGACAGAGCCAAUAUGGGGAAUGCCGCAAUUUCUGGCAUGUCCAAGGACCUAGAUUUGAACAAGGGCGAGCGCUUUUCCCUUAUUCUUCUCGUCUUCUUCAUUACCUACGUCAUUUUUCAAAUGCCUGCGACGAUUGUGGUGCGCAAAUUUGGACCGCGAAUAUUUCUUCCCACUAUUACCCUUCUAUGGGGAAUAGUUAUGAUGUGCUUUGGCUUUGUUAAUGACUGGCGAGUAAUGGUCGCUCUUCGGUUGCUCCUUGGUGCAUGUGAAGCAGGGCUAUUCCCCUGUGCGGUCUAUACGAUAUCACAGUGGUAUACCAGAGCCGAGAUUCAGACCAGAUAUUCUUCAUUCUAUACUAUCAGCUUGCUCGGAUUCGCAUUAUUAGUGAAUAUGCCUACGGAUGCCCAAGAUGCGUGGAAAUUCCUCACAAAGAGAGAGGCACAGUAUGUGAUAGAAAGUAUCGGCCAUGAACGAAAUGAUAGCUACGAGGAUGACUCAUUUGAGUUCAAAAAGUUUUUCAGGCCUGCUCUGGAUCUGAAAAUUUGGGCGUUUGAGCUCAGCUAUUUAUGCAUGAGUACGGUGAUAUAUGCAAUCUCCUUCUUUAUGCCCAUCAUCCUACAGGCACAGUUGGGGUUCGGUCUCGUCCAAUCUCAAGCCUUGAACACACCACCAUACAUCUUUGCGUGUCUCCAGAUGUCUUUCCAAGGAUGGCUUGGCGGGAAAAUCAAGUCGCGAGGUCUGAUAGUAAUUUACAACGGGCUUCAAAGCGCAGUCGGACUCUGUGUUCUGGCUUGGGUGAAAAGCCCCUGGGUACAGUAUUUUGGAAUCUUUCUGAUAGCAGGAGGAACACAUUCAAACCUACCCGCCAUAAUUACGUGGCAAACGAAUAACAUUCGCGGAAAGUGGAAACAAUCAUUUUGUAGCGCCAGCAUCAUAGGGGCGGGGGGCGUCGGCGGUAUCGCAGGCUCGCUUAUUUUCCGCUCCCAAGACGCACCUAGAUAUUUGCCUGGUUUCUAUGCUUGUCUAGUAUGCUGUGCAUUGACUGUAGCAAUUUCAGUUGCAAUUAUAAUCCGCUUCCAUAAGGCUAACAAUCGGGCCGCUCGUGGAGAAAUUAUCAUUGAGGGGCUAGAUGGCUUUCACUACAUGCUUUAA